AUGGCCGAGUCAAAAAACGAUACCCCUGUCGAUAACCCUGAGAGUGAUCAAUGUCAUUGUCCAAUAUAUCUUGAGAAGGUAAGAAAUCCGAAAUAUCUGCUGUGUUAUCAUACAUUUUGUGAGUCGUGUAUUCAGACUUAUAUUUCAAGUACGGCGACACGUAAGGAAAAUGAAACACUAAAAUCGAUAGAAUGUCCAGUGUGUCGUAGAUGUAUCGAGGCUCCGCGGAAUGACAUCUCGAGUGAAGAUUGGGCAUCAGAACUACCACAGAAUAAACUUCUUUUAACUAUAUCCGUAGAUCCCGAGCAAGAUGAAAGUAAAUUCUGUAUGUUUUGCAAACGAUCAGAGAAAGUGGUACCUGCGAAGCACUGGUGCAAAGUUUGUAUGGAAGCUAUUUGCGAAGAUUGUAAAUCAUUACAUAGAAAUGUGCCAGUUUUGCAGAAUCAUAAAAUUGUAAAUCUUUCAAACAUCAAGGAGGUGAAUAGUGAAGUUGAGAUAGAAGAAUCAUGUCUUUUGCACAAAGGAAAAGUACUUGAUGUGUUUUGCCACGACCAUCAAAAGCUAUGCUGUAGUGUAUGCCUUGUGAAAGAGCAUAAAUUGUGUAAGAAUAUAGACACAAUUGAAGAUAUAGCUCUGGGUAUUGAUCGAGAUAGCAUUCAAAUGACUGCUUCAAAAUAUAUCGAUUUGGAGAAAUGUGUAAAAGACAUUCUAUCAGAAAAUCUGAAAAAAGUAUCAAAACUUCAUACCAGGAAGCAAGAAAUAUGUAUGACCACUGAAGAGAAAGUUCAAGAAAUCAAAUCAUUAGUGGACAAUGCAUAUGCCAUGUGGCUGAAACGCUUUGAACAGAAUCAUGCAGAUUCUGUUGGAAACAUCGAAAUUGCUUCGGAGGAGUUGAGACGGUUUUCCACUACAGUACAUGAAGCAAGAACCAUGCUACAGUCAGUGUUGAAGAAUGGGUCGUCUAAACAAUUGUUUGUUACAAAUUAUAAAUUGCAAAACCAGAUUUCUGACCACAUCACUCGAUUAAAAUCCUUAGAUAUUUGGACUUUCUCUGAAGAUUACAAGCAAAAUAACUCGGACUUUCUCAGCCAAAUGUCCAAAGCAAAAGAGUUUGAAGACGUAGUAUUGUCUAGACUACAAUCAACGGCAGUGGAGAGAAUUUUAUUGAGCGCUCCAGACAAAGAUGAUAUAUUAAAAAGGAGACAAACCAUGUCUCAAAAGGACUGGAUGAAAGUCACCUUUAAGAAAUUAUCACAGAUUACCGGUUUCUCAGUAAGAGUUUAUUAUGGGUUGUUUAUACAUGACACAAGAAUUAUAUUAUCUUUUACCAACCCACCUUCACUGAAGAUAUACGACAUCAGUAAGGCCACAGGAAAAUGUGUUCACACUGAGACGUGUCAGAAGGCACCAUACGGUCUCUGUCACUCUGGUUGGAACUUGAAUGAAUUCUAUGUUUCCUUUGAAACAUUUAUCACUCAUUAUCGAGUUGAUGUCGCAGAAACUAUAACAUUCACAAAGGUGAGAACCAUUCAGUUGAAAGAACCCAUGUUGGCAAUUUCUCGUGGUCUAACAACAGCGUUUGCCGCCAAUCGUUCAGAAAGAAUGAUAUGUUCUUUAGAUUUUUGCAUUAUCCAUAGUUCACCAUAUAAUUUUUGGGGAGAUGUUCCCUUUGUGUCCUCUUCAUUGAUUUCAGAUCGUCAUUGUUUCAUACAGGAUGGGAUGGCCGUGGCAGUGGACCAGAAUAACAAAGAGAUUUUUAGAAGUACUCAGGAUACAACUUUUCGAGGACUUUCCUUUGACCUACAAGAUAAUAUUUUGGUGUGUGAUUGGUCACCUAAACUUAAACAGUUUAAACACGAUAAAAGUGGGGGCGGAGAGAUUGACGUUGCAGACAUGACUAGCACUUAUAACGUUGUACUUCAUCCAGCAGGAGAGAAGGUAUUGGUGUUAAGCCAUGAUAUAAAAUGUUGUGUAUACCAAGUAUCAUAGAAAUGGUAGACACAUGUAGAUCGCAGCUCAAAAUCC